GACUGGGGCGAUGGGAGCACAGCGGUACGGCCACGCACGGAAACACGGAAAGCGCGCAAAGUGUCAGCGAGAGCGGUGCGCUUCGCGUGCGCUUGCCGUGCAGGUGCGUACCGUGCGCGCGGAUGCCACUAAUGCGUUUUGUCAACUGCCACGGCGUUGGUGUAUGCGUCCAGCGAUGUAGCGCCCGUAAGCGCUGCGUGUUCGGUGUAGAUGGAGCUUGUCACUUCUCGCAAACAUUGCACACGACAGCUGCUAUUCGCCCUCGGCGUCGUUACGGUGCUCGUCAUCCUCUACGCCAGUCCACGCGAGCUGCGCAACGCAAUCGGAGGUGGUGCAUCCCGGGAUUCAGUGCGACAGAGUGCCGUAACAUCGUACCGCAACAACAGCAGCAGCAGCAACAACAACAAUGCCAGCGCGUGGAAGUUUCCGAUCAGAGUGCUGGGACGCUUUCGACACGAGUCGAGAGCCAAUGCCACCAUCGACUUGGACUACUCCGACCAAAUGGUGCACGUACUGCUCAUUUUCACGAACGUUCGUGAAGCGAGUAACAUGCGCGAGAAGCUGUCGAUCUGCCUAGGCUCUCUGAUCGCCCUGAGCAGCGUCCCGCUUCGAGUCUACAUCGUCACGGACGGCCCCAGCGCCGAUGUGGCCCGGCAGGUUCUCGCGGACGCCUCCGCCAAGGCCUCUUCGGAUGUGCUGGCGGAGCUUCUGCACGUGGAUGACAUGCUGGCUCCUCUCCUGGAUCUGAUGUCCUUCAUGCAGCCCCACUUCAGCUCCGCAGGUUACUACAGCAAGAAGCUCUUCUUCCUGUCUACAGGCAUGCAUCGGCUGUUUCCUGCAGAGGUCCGUCACCUCAUCCUUCUGGACGUCGAUCUCCAGCUGCGCUCAGACAUUGCCGUCCUGCAUCGCCACUUUGCCCUGUUUCCUCCGGGCACCAUCAUGGGGCUGGGGCACGAGCUUCAGCCCGUGUAUCGUCACGGUCUGCACAAAUAUCGGCAGGAGCAUCCGGGUACCCAGUGCGGCGAGCCUGCGCCACGUGGAAAUCCCGGGUUCAACAGCGGCGUAGUGCUCAUCGAUCUCGAGGCCGUUAGGAACUCGUCCACCUACAAGAAAUUCCUCAGUGCUGAGGGAGUCCAGUUUCUGGUCAAGAAAUACAGCUUUCGAGGCAACCUCGGGGACCAGGACUUCUACUCGCUCCUUGGCUGGGAGUGCCCCGAGCUGUUCUACGUUCUUCCGUGCACGUGGAAUCGACAGCUGUGUGAGUGGUGGAGGCAUCACGGCUAUGCAGACGUUUUUGACGAGUACCACAGGUGCAACGGUACUGUUCACAUUUAUCACGGGAACUGCAACUCUUCCAUACCGUCGAUGAGGUGACAGUGGGAUGUCCCACUCCGUUGUUGGCAUGUGCGAAGUGUGCGGAGGUUUGAAAUGUGACACACACUUUCAGGUUAAUAAUUCAGUGUAAAAUUAAGCUCCUCUAAUUUCGCAGUCAUACUUCUGUAGUUCCAUGUAUGCCAUAUGAGCUGCCCAAGGCUGCGAGCAUGCAUCUUGUUUUGAAUACUCGCAACUACAUUCACAGUCAUUGUGACCACAAUGGGCUAAGAGUUCCAGAGCAGUGGUGUCUGCAAACACUGACUAAACUUGCAAGCAUUACACAUUAUCUCCACAGUGUAUGUGUUGCCAUGUAGUAGCCUUAUUCAUGUGAAUUACAAGGCGUGUAAAUGCAAUCCACUGUGUUUUUAUCUAGUCACAAGCUAUUUGUUUAUAGACAAUUCUUGUUCUUUGUUGCCCUUUGCCAUAUUUUAUGGUUGCAGGUCCAUCAUAUUCAGUGGAAGGAAGCAGCUAGCACUUGUUUUCUUGCAUCUUUUUUUUUUGUAUACGAUGUCGUGAAACUAGCAGAUGAGAUCAAAACUUUUUCUCUUUGUUAACUUUUAGUAGUGCAGCUUUCUUAUCAUAAAAGUGUUGUUUCAGUUUUUUUAUGUUGACUCGGUAGCUGCACUGUUGCCCCACGUGCGUGUUUGCAUGGUUUGCGUUGUUCCUUACCUACUAAAGGUAACCGUCAUGUAUUCAUAUGAGUGACUGUUUAUUGAGGAGGUAUUUUUGUUCAAGUGAAGAACCUGACUGUGUUAAGUUCUGUUUAGCGACAGACAUUUUCGUAGCAGUCUUUGCUUUUUACUGGUUUCCAAUAAUAUUACGUAGAGCAUUUCGUGCGACAUUAAAGAAUAUGUUUUAUUCGAAGCACACAUGAACUGCACCUGAAAAAGAAAACAAGAAAUCCAAACUUGGAGUACAAUUUCAUGCCACAACGUUAUGUGGUUGCCAAAGGUUCUGUAGUCCCCAAACUAAGCAUGCGUGCCGUAAAAGUGAACAUGACCUAUAGCUUCCUGAAAAAAAGUUAGUAGGUUACUCUCACCAAAUUAGGCUGGUGCUGAACUUGUACAGGUAGCAUUGGAAUGAUGGUUAGUACUGUACAUGGAUUUGUUACUCUUUGCCGAAUCGGGCUUGGCUUCAGAUAUUUUACUGUGGUAGCUGUUACUAGCUCGCUUCCUUGGUCGAUUUGAUGUUCGUCAUUGCCCUGGCUUUAAUCCCUAAGUCGUUUGUGAGAAAAUUAGAAAGAGAAGAAAGAAAAAUUCUCUUUGUGCCACAAUGAUUUGAACUGAUGACGAACAAGAUGGCAGUUCAGGAUUUUACCUCUCAUUCACUCCGAUAAUGCUACAUCAGGGGAGAAUAAAAGGGGAGGGGUGCAUAGACAAUGUACACGUAGAGUGGAGUGGAAUAACUGCAGAGAAACCAAAUGCAACAACUAAUUUAAUUUCCGACCAGUUCACUAAUUAAGGAGAGUACCUUUGUUUGGCUGUAUGAGGAGGCACUCAACUAAAAGAACGGACUUGUACUGGAUAGGCAACAAAAGGUGGUGCUAUGGGUGUGGCUCUGUAACCAAACAGGUUUUCAGGCAUUUGAAAAUGCCUGAAAACAGGCAUGCAUUUCAGGUAUUUGAACAUACCUUUGUAGCAAUUGCUACAAUUGGGUGAAUGUCUCAUUUUCCCUUUAUUGAUUACUUCUCUCCUCCUUGUGGGUUUCUGCAGAUCUGUUACGCCAAACUCUUGUCUUUGCUUCAAGUUGUUGAUGAAUUUGACUUUGCCCUACCAUCUGUAGCUACCUGGUUAGCUCAGAUGGUAGAGCGGCUGGCCCGGAAAGGCGGUGGUCCCAGGUUCGAGUCCCGGACCAAGACUAAUUUUUCUUCAACUGCGAGGCUUUUCUUUCGAGGAACCAAUAUGGGUUUCCUUUCGAGCAAUUGCUACGAAUAGCUGGAUGUAUAUUUUCCCUUGAUUAAUGCCUUUCUCGCCAAGAUAAAAUAGAAAGUAUUGCGAAAAGUGUGUUAGUUUGAACACGAUGGUCUUUGUUUCUUCUUUCUUUUUUUUUUUUGCCUUUGUGGAAUUGUGCAGUGGGAAUUAGUUCCUCUUGGACUGGCAGUCAAAGCACAAUUUUACUUCGAAGUGUUGAGGCUAUUGAGAGGGAAUUGUGGAAUGUGAGAAUUAUGGAAUUGAGAAGAAAAAUUGUGGAAUGCAGCAAUUCGUUUGUCCAUCAUAACAGCACCCCAGCUCACAAUGGUUUGUUUGUGACGUGGUAUUUAGCCUCUUGGGGAUGGGCCGGCAUUCCCUGCCUGCUGUAGUGAUUGGACCGAGCUGCCUCUGACAUUUAUCUUAAUUUCCUUGCUCGCUACAAAGAAGAACUUGAAGAAAGCUUCACAGGUGCCUCUCAACAGUUUUGAGCUUGAGGAAUUCCAGAGCUGCUUCGAACGUUGAGAGGAAAUGGUGGGCACGUGUAUUGACUCCAGUGGGGUUAUUUUGAAGAGAACUAGAUGCUUUAUGGCCUAAACGUAAAAUAAUAUUUCUUUUUAGAAUCAGUUUAGCUUUUCGGGGGGUGCGGCCUCAUAUUUGAUAUGGCUAAAGAAAUAAGAGUCUGCCUCACGCUGGACUUUUCAGUUAAAGCCAUGCACAUUUUCAGGAAUCUCAGCCGUAUUGGUAGUGCGGAGUCCUGAUUUAUAAGUAACAGUUUUCUGGUCUGUUCAGAAUAGCGUUAAUUAUGCUUGUAGAGGCUUUCUGCUUACUCUUCAGCAUAACAGUAAAAAAAUAGAAUUAGGCAAAAAUUUAUUCUUUGCUUUAGAGCAACUUGGGAUGUGUGAGCACUUCCCUUGAAAUUCAGUUGGCAUCAUUAAUAGCAAUAGUAAACGUACCUGCCUUACAAUUUUAUGUUUAUCUUUUGUUACUCUGUAACUGACCUGUGCGAUUGCAUUGUGUGUUGCCCGCUUUGUAUUCAGCAUGUUUCAUUUUGCCCAUAUUAGACAAGCGAAGUUGAACCAUGGAGGUUCCCUUUGCAGCUUUAAGCAUGAAUGCAUGUUUUCCUAAGCCGAUUGUUUGAGAAACAAACAUACCGCCAGUUUUGAAUUUGUUCCUCAUUAAGUUCUUCCUCGAAGCUGUCAUUUUUUUCGUCUAUAAUCUACAUUUAAUAUGCUGUUUUUAGAAGCAAUUUUUAAAUGCCUUGUGUUUGAAAGAGUGUUGUUUUAGCAGUUCUCGUAUUGUAGCUGCUAACCUGCCUGACUUUAUUUUUUUUCUUUGUGGUCAUGUUUAUUCUUGUGUACCUUUGCUGGAACUGUUGUGUAAGUGCUUAAAAGGACUUGUUGAUGGCAUCUUUGGUGUAUGCGUGACACAAAUAAUGAGUGCUAAAAAUGAAGAUAGCACAAAGAAAUGUGUAGGUGGUGACGAUUGCCCUGUGUCCACCCCAUUUUUCUUUGGGUUCUGCUUGUUUUCAGCACUCAUUAGUUGUUAAUUGUCAUGUGUAAGUGCUUGUAAGUAAUGGCUUUUGUUUUUUUGCCAUUUAUAACUGUGUGGAUUGUUCUUGUUGGUGCAUAAGCUGGCAGUUUUCUUUCUUUCAUAUUCAUUAUGAGGACUGAUUGUGCGUGGCCUUCUUUAUGUUUCAGUUACAUAUUUUAAUUUUCUGGAUCUGCGUUGUGCAGAAAAACUAAUGCAUGUUUACUAUAGCUGUAUAAGGACUUUUUAUUUGUUGCAAUGACAAAGUAAUGUAUUUUUGUGUCACUGUACAUUAUGACUGAUGUGCAAGAUAUUGUUGGAACAUUUAUGCAGUUUGCAAAGAGCAGCUGCCGGGGCAUGAAUUGUUAGCUCUGCAAAAAAGCCUAGGUAGCUUUAAUACAUGGAAAUUAUUCUUUCAUGUCUUUUAGCAGGAUGUGAAGUAUGAAACAGCUGGCUGUAAAAGAAGCUAACACCUUUGUAAUUAGCUCGUGAUGUAUACUUUCGGUGUGACAUUAGGAGCAAUAUUAAUGCCGUCAUGUUUUCUCUUCUUUUUCUAGUGCUGCAUUUACCAGUUCCUACUUGUGUUCAAGUGUACUAACUGCUGUCAGCUAUACUGAGUGCUUCUGCAUCGACCGUCUUCAUUUAUUAUCUGGCAGGGUGGGCAAACACCAGAAUUUGCACAGUAAUCACACAUACAGUCAAUAAUUAUCUCAGUUUCACUCAACAUACCUUAUAAAUUUAAAUAACUUAGAGCACUCGUUGUUGUUCCGAAACUGAAACCAAUUAGUGCUCAAGUCACGUCCAGUUAGUAAAAAUUCUGAGACUAGAAACCGCUCUUAGGUAUCUUGCCCAAUGUUUUCCCAUGAAGUACAUUGGUGUUCUGGUACAUAGCCUUGACCAAUAGAGCUUAAACAAAGCGUCACAAAAAUAAAAAGAUUGCCAGUGCAUUUUGUCGCAAGUUUUCAGACAGAGUCUUAAAACUGGCGCAUGAAGGUCCCAGUAUUCCUGCUAAAUUAUUAAGUUUAAUAGGUACUUUAUAUUAAUUUGUUAAUAAUCUUAUCGGCACAAAAUCUUUAUCUUCCAAAGCUGUGUAUCUUGACUAACAAAAAGGAGCAUGUUGCCUCAUCUGCUUGUUUUAAUAAUUGGAGAUGGUUGUUGCAACACCUUGUUAUUGAAUGCCCUGAGAAUUGCUUUAACAGAGUACAAAGCGCUACAUAGUGCAUAAUGUUCCAUGCAUAUACAGCAAUACAAUCGUAUCCGAAGGCAAGAAAAUUGAUGCAUUGCAAGCUAUGGGCAUCGAUUUCUGCUGGUACUGGUGUUGAAAGCAGAUAUGCAGCAAAAUUCACGUGAUGUCAGCAGAUACCAUGGCACGUACACUUUUCCACAAUACAGAACAGCUAGCUGUUACCGAUUGGCAUGAUUAGACAUUUUAAAAGAGGAAAGAUCACGCGCAGGGCCCAUUUUUCUUUAUUCUUCUAACAGAAGUUUAGAAAUACUACUGGCUAGAGCAAAUGGCCAUAAGUUUGAUAAGCAACAUUAAAGUUAUACUGUGCACACUCUCUUGCCAGCAUCUGCUUAUGACACCAAAUUUUGUUCCAUUUAGUAUCUGAUACAGAACAUUUUAUUUCUAAAAAGUGUGCAUCUGGAGCAACGUGUGUUAAAAAAAGCAACAUUUUUCCAUAUCAUUUCCUUUCGUAACAGACAUUAGUUGCUGACCCAUUAUUUAUAGCAUGAAACCCUAAUACCUCAAGAGUGUAACAAAACAAUUACAUCUUCUGGUAUGACUCAUUCAUACACAUGCCAAGUGUAUUGUGGUGUGUAGCAGGCUGCAGGUUACGACAUCAAAAUUGACGCUGGUGGUCUAAAGUGCCACACAUUCGUGAUACGCGCAAUGCUUGGCCCAGCGAAACGGCCUCCAGAGCCAUAUUGUGGUCAUGCUGCCAAAAGCUGAUUGCACUGAGCACUCGAUAGGCUAAGACGGGAGAAAGGGUGAAAGAGGUACUCUGCAUUUCUGUGGAAGUGACAGCUGAGGCAUGGCCUAAUUCCCUGUCGAAAUUGAAGAUACGCAGAGCGGGAGACAAUGGAAGAGCCAAUGUGGAGAUACACAACCGACCUUUGGCAACACAGUAAUUGUGUUGCCUUAAACCGCUGCACUGAUCUCAUUGGCAUACUGGCCACUAAUUUAUUGUACCACCCAAAUGACACCUCCAAUUUUCAUGGUGUAACCUGCUUGUUGUUCCAUAGCAUUGCUGUACUUGGUGUGGAUACUGAACUGGUUGCAUUCAAAGACAAUGUGGUUAUUUCUUUCACGUUAGAGAAAUUGAUGCCUUGUGCCUUACUUGUGCAUCGACAGCUUCGUGAUCAAGAAAAAAAGAAAGAAAAUUGGACAAUAUACUUUCUUGCAAGUGUGCCUUUAAGUUUAGCAAUUGCUAGAAUAAGAGCACCACAAGAAGAGCUCAAGCUGUAUGCUAUGUGUAAGCUUGUGCCAGAUGCUAUGUUUCUGCCACCUCUAUUUGCCUUGUGAGCAAGUGCCAUUUCUAGGACUCUCAGCGCUUGUUUCCUAGCUAUGCCAUGAGAAGUGCUAAUGCAAUGCUCUGAUUGCCUGUAUGUCGAAGUGCCAUUUCUCUUUAAAGAGAUCAUAUUCAGUGAAAUAUAUUUUGUCUAUAUCUGCAUUAAGCCAAACUACACACUGUGCAUUAAAAUAUAGUUUAUUUUCUUUGAA